GUGACUUUUUCGCGGGGAACGGGUUUCUCGUGCUUGAGACUCAAUGUCGAGACUUGGGUAUUUAAACAUCGUCUGGACAAUAUUACUUCAGAUUAGGGAAAACUAUCUCACUGUAAACCAUUAACUGACGAUGUUGAUGUUAUCUAUUAUAUUUUUGAUUUGCACACUAAACUUUGUGGUCGGAUGGGACUAUGUUAACAAGUUUGAUGAGCGAAUAGAUUUUUCGUGUCCAAGUGGUCAAGCCAUCUCUUUUAUACACAGUGAACAUCACAACUAUUAUGAAGAUCGUAAAUGGUCUUUAGGAUGUAGAUCUACGGUUGGACAACACGUAGAUUGCUACUGGACACCUUCUUUUGUGAACGACUGGGAUGAAUACUUCAACUUUGAAUGCAGCCAUAAUGGAUUUAUAACUGGUAUAAGGAGUGUCCAUGACAACGGAAAAGAGGACAGAAGGUUCAUGUUUAAAUGUUGUGGAAUUUCUGGAAAGGAAGCUAGGCAGUGUGAAAAUACUAUGAAGAAUAACUUUGACAAAGCCGAUACAGUGAGGGUACCAGAAGGUUCCGUUGUAAAAGGUGUUUCCAGUAGCCAUUCCAACUACUACGAAGAUCGACAAUACAGCUGGAAAAUAUGCAACUUGGUUGAUAGUAGUUACGGUAGAUAGUUUCCCCUAAUUUGAGGGUUUGAAGAGGUUGAAGACUUGAAACAAAUAGCCAAUUUUAUGAGUACUUCGAUUCUGUAUAACGUGGUUUUUCAUAAUUUGGGAUUUGGAGAGUCUUAAAACUUCAACACAAAGAGCCAAUUUUAUGAAAAAAAAUCUUUUGUAUUUACGUCAUACAUAAUAAAAUUGUUUGGCUAGUUAAA